AUGGAGGAGGCAGACGAGAAUUCAAGUGAAAUAGAAAGUAUAUUGGGCGAUAAUGGAUUGUGCGGACAAUCUGAGGAAUGUGGACUGAUAAGAUUCACAUAUAUAAUGAUCGGUUCUGUUGUGGCCAUAUGCGGUUGUUUCUUCAAUUUGAUCCUGAUCGUUGCAUUCAAAAGAGCAUAUCGCUCAUCACGCUCGCAACCAGUUCUUUAUCCGAUUGUACUGGCCAUUCUUGAUGCGUUCAUUUGCUUCUUCUACAUAAUUCUGUUUGGCGCAGAUGCGGCUGCAAUAUGUCUUCGGAUUGAGGUGAAAUCUUCUACUUGA